UUGCAGGUGCAUCGUACGAAGACGCAAUUUGGCGUAGAUGGUCCAAUUACGGUGCACUGUUCAGCGGGAGCCGGUCGAACCGGUGUUUUCAUAGCGCUGAGUGUGAUCAUCGAUCGUAUGAAACUGGAACAUGUUGUUGAUGUGUUCACCACCGUAAAGCUGUUGCGCACCGAACGUCAGAAUAUGGUGCAGGACAAGGAUCAGUAUCAUUUCUGCUACAAGGCUGCCCUUGAAUUCCUUGCCACUUACGAUAAUCCAUAUCAAAUGUGCUAA